GAGUCCCGGGCUGGAGGCCCAGCCGAGGCUGGAAUGAAGUUGGUCUCCAAGCGGGCUGUGGGCUGGUCUUGGGGUGAGAGAUGAGGAGGGCUUGCCAGCAGCGAGGACCUCGUAGAAGGUGCCCGGCGAGAGGGUGCCACCCGCUCAGCACACGCCUCCCGACUCUGAGGGAGUGGACCGGCCUGCACCAUUGUCAAAGCCACGCGGGACGGUGACAGCGCUGUGGAAAAGCUGGGGGUGGAGUCAUCUUUGCUGCCAGCCUGUGGGGACCCUACAAAGACAUUUGGCAGACAGUCGGAAGUGCUCUUUGGAGAAGGCAGCCUGAAGCUGUCCACCGUCUUGACAUGAUUUUGAAGAAACACAAACCUGACUUCAUCUCACUGUUCAAAAACCCACCAAAAAAUGUUCAACAGCAUGAGAAGAUUCAGAAAGCCAGUUCUGAGGGUGUUGCCAUCCAGGGGCAACAAGGCACCAGACUUCUCCCUGAGCAGCUCAUUAAAGAAGCAUUCAUCAUCAGUGACCUUUUUGAUAUUGGGGAACUGUCAGCUGUCGAGCUUCUCCUUGCUGGAGAGCAUCAGCAGCCACAUUUCCCUGGCCUCACCAGAGGGUUGGUAGCUGUCCUUUUAUACUGGGACGGAAAGCGGUGCAUUGCAAAUGCUCUCAAAACCCUGAUACAGUCUAGACGAGGAAAGACAUGGACAUUAGAACUCAGUCCAGAGCUGGUUUCCAUGACAACACGCUUUACAGAUGAGCUGAUGGAGCAAGGAUUGACUUACAAAGUCCUUACUUUGGUGUCACAGAUUGAUGUGAAUAAUGAGUUUGAGAAACUACAGAGAGAGAGAGGUUUGGGCAGUGAGAAACACCGCAAAGAGGUGUCUGAUCUCAUCAAGGAGUGCAGGCAGGCUCUGGCUGAAAGUCUUUUUGCCUGGGCUUGCCAGUCACCAUUAGCCAAAGAUGACACCCUCCUACUCAUUGGACAUUUGGAAAGAGUGACAGUUGAGGCCAAUGGCUCCCUGGAUGCAGUAAAUAUGGCUCUCCUUAUGGCUCUUCUGUACUGUUUUGAUACCAGCUUUAUAGAACAAAGCACAGAGGAACGAGAUGAUAUGAUUCACCACCUUCCACUGCUGACAGAGAGACAGUACAUUGCAACAAUUCACUCUCGUCUCCAGGACUCACAGCCUUGGAAGCUUCCUGGGCUGCAGGCCACUGUUAGGCUUGCCUGGGCACUGGCAUUGAGGGGAGUGUCCCAGCUACCAGAUGUAACAGCUCUGGCUGAGUUUACAGAAGCAGAUGAAGCAAUUGCAGAGCUCGCCAUUGCCGAUAACGUCUUCCUGUUCCUCAGCGAGUCUGUCGUAUUGGCCGAAAACUUCUACCAGGAAGAGUUUUACAUUCGCAGAAUCCACAAUCUUAUCACAGACUUCCUUGCAUUUAUGCCAAUGAAAGUGAAGCAGCUGAAGAGUCGGGCAGAUGAAGAUGCUCGAAUGAUUCACAUGAGUAUACAGAUGGGUAACGAACCCCCCAUCUCACUUAGAAGGGACCUGGAACACUUAAUGCUCCUGAUUGGUGAACUAUAUAAAAAAAAUCCUUUUCACUUGGAGCUUGCUCUGGAAUACUGGUGUCCCUCAGAACCUCUGCAGACUCCCACGGUCAUGGGCUCUUACCUGGGAGUAGCUCAUCAGCGACCUCCUCAGCGCCAGGUUGUCUUGUCAAAGUUUGUUAGACAAAUGGGUGACCUGCUGCCGCCAACUAUUUAUAUUCCUUACUUGAAAAUGCUUCAGGGUUUGGCCAGUGGGCCUCAGUGUGCCCACUACUGUUUUAGCCUGCUCAAAGUCAACGGCAGUAGUCAUGUUGAAAACAUUCAGGGAGCAGGUGGCAGUCCUGUUUCCUGGGAGCAUUUCUUUCACUCCUUAUUGCUUUACCAUGAGCAUCUCCGAAAGGACCUGCCAAGUGCAGAUAGUGUCCAGUACCGUCACCUUCCUUCACGCGGCAUCACCCAGAAGGAGCAAGAUGGACUGAUCGCUUUUCUCCAGCUGACAUCUACUAUCAUUACUUGGAGUGAAAAUGCUCGCUUGGCCCUUUGUGAACAUCCCCAGUGGACGCCUGUUGUGGUGAUUCUGGGACUCCUGCAGUGCAGUAUUCCUCCAGUUCUCAAAGCUGAGCUACUGAAGACACUUGCAGCUUUUGGAAAGUCUCCUGAAAUUGCUGCUUCACUUUGGCAGUCGUUGGAAUACACGCAGAUACUGCAGACUGUCAGGGUUCCAAGCCAGAGGCAAGCUAUUGGUAUUGAGGUUGAACUCAAUGAAAUAGAGUCCCGGUGUGAAGAGUAUCCCCUGACUAGGGCCUUUUGCCAGUUGAUCAGUACCCUGGUGGAGAGCUCGUUCCCGUCUAAUCUGGGCGCUGGCCUGCGGCCCCCUGGCUUUGACCCUUAUUUGCAGUUCCUGAGAGAUUCUGUGUUUCUCCGAUUCCGUACAAGAGCUUACCGGAGAGCUGCUGAAAAGUGGGAAGUCGCUGAGGCUGUCUUGGAAGUGUUUUAUAAGCUGUUGAGAGAUUAUGAGCCUCAGCUUGAAGAUUUUGUAGAUCAGUUUGUGGAGCUACAAGGAGAAGAAAUCAUAGCGUAUAAGCCACCGGGCUUUAGUCUGAUGUAUCAUCUUCUGAAUGAGUCACCGAUGUUGGAACUUGCCCUCAGUUUACUAGAAGAAGGAGUUAAGCAGCUUGAUACCUAUGCUCCUUUCCCUGGAAAGAAACACCUGGAAAAAGCAGUUCAGCAUUGCCUCGCAUUGCUCAACCUCACUCUGCAGAAGGAGAACCUUUUCAUGGACCUUCUGAGAGAGAGUCAGUUGGCUCUCAUCGUCUCGCCUUUGGAACAGCUUUUGCAAGGAAUUAAUCCGAGGACUAAGAAGGCAGACAAUGUGGUUAACAUCGCCAGGUAUCUGUAUCAUGGGAACAAUAAUCCUGAAUUGGCAUUUGAAAGUGCAAAGAUCCUCUGCUGUAUCUCUUGUAAUUCCAACAUUCAGAUCAAAAUGGUUGGUGAUUUCACCCAUGACCAGAGUGUAAGCCAGAAGCUGAUGGCUGGAUUUGUAGAGUGCUUGGAUAGUGAAGAUACAGAAGAAUUUGUACGGGUAGAAGAGGGCUCAGAGUUAGAAAAGAAGUUAGCUGCGAUCCGUCAUGAAACAAGAAUCCACAUCUUGAAUCUUCUCAUCACAUCUCUAGAACGCAAUCCUCCCAAUCUUGCUCUCUACCUGUUGGGCUUUGAAUUGAAGAAACCCAUCAGUACCACGAAUCUACAAGAUCCAGGAGUAUUAGGAUGCCCUCGGACAUGCCUGCAUGCCAUUCUCAACAUUCUGGAGAAAGGCACAGACGGGAGAACUGGCCCUGUGGCUGUGCGGGAGUAUCCUCAGCUGGCCGAGCUGUGCUACCAGGUGAUAUAUCAGUUAUGUGCAUGCUCAGAAACAUCUGGUCCUACUAUGAGGUACUUGAGAACCAGCCAGGAUUUCUUAUUUUCCCAGUUGCAACAUCUACCUUUCUUGAACAAAGAAUAUGAAAUCUCCAUGCUGAAUCAAAUGUCAUGGCUUAUGAAGACUGCCUCAAUAGAACUAAGAGUGACGUCUCUGAAUCGCCAACGAUCACAUACACAGAGGCUUCUGCACCUCUUACUGGAUGACAUGCCAGUGAAGCCGUACUCAGAUGGUGAAGGAGGAAUGGACGAUGAAAAUAGAUCUGUCUCUGGCUUCCUUCAUUUUGAUACUGCCACAAAAGUGCGUCGAAAAAUUCUAAGUAUUCUUGAUUCGAUUGACUUCAGUCAGGAGAUUCCUGAGCCUUUGCAGCUGGAUUUUUUUGACCGUGCUCAGAUUGAGCAAGUCAUUGCCAACUGUGAGCACAAGAAUUUACAGGGGCAGACGGUCUGCAAUGUCAAGCUUCUUCAUAGAGUUCUCGUAGCUGAAGUCAAUGCUCUUCAGGGUAUGGCAGCAAUAGGUCAGAGGCCUCUGCUGAUGGAGGAAAUCAGCACUAUUCUUCAGUACGUUGUAGGAAGAAACAAGCUGCUACAGUGUCUUUAUGCAAAGCGGCAUGCGCUAGAAUCCUGGAGGCAGCUGGUAGAAAUAAUACUGACAGCUUGUCCUCAGGAACUUAUUCAGGCAGAAGAUCGACAGCUGAUUAUUCGUGACCUUUUACAAGAUGUGCAUGAUAAGGUGCUGGAUGAUGAAGCUGCACAGGAGCUAAUGCCAGUGGUUGCUGGCGCUGUGUUCACCCUGACCGCUCACCUAAGCCAGGCUGUGCGCACGGAACAGAAGCAGCCAUUGGUCUCAGGACCUGGAGAGGCCCAUUAUGCUUUCAUGCUUGAUAGUUCUUUCACCUCACCUCCUGCAGCAGAGAGCCGGCCAGUAGGCUUUGCUUCUAUUGGAGAUUCUUCGCUUCACAUCAUACUGAAGAAACUGUUAGACUUUAUUUUGAAGACAGGUGGUGGCUUCCAGCGUGUAAGGACUCACCUGUAUGGCUCUCUGCUCUAUUAUUUACAGAUUGCCCAGAGACCAGAUGAGCCAGACACAUUAGAAGCUGCUAAGAAAACUAUGUGGGAACGGCUGACUGCCCCUGAAGAUGUGUUUAGUAAAUUACAACGUGAAAAUAUGGCUAUCAUUGAGAGUUAUGGCGCUGCCCUCAUGGAAGUGGUCUGUCGAGACGCUUGUGAUGGCCAUGAGAUUGGAAGGAUGCUGGCCCUGGCUCUCCUUGAUCGGAUUGUCUCUGUGGAAAAGCAGCACCAGUGGCUCUUGUACCUUUCUAACAGUGGCUAUUUGAAGGUCCUUGUGGACAGCUUGGUGGAAGAUGACCGUACUCUACAGAGCUUGCUGACUCCACAGCCUCCUCUCUUAAAAGCCCUUUAUACCUAUGAAUCCAAAAUGGCAUUUCUCACAAGAGUGGCUAAGUUACAGCCAGGUUCAUUAGAACUCCUAAGAUCGGGGGUGAUUGUGAGGCUGGCCCAGUGCCAAGUCUAUGAUAUGCGCCCAGAAAUGGACUCUCAUGGCAUGUUUGGCAUGAGAGACCCACCAAUAUUCAUCCCAACACCUGUGGACCGAUACCGGCAGAUUCUCCUCCCAGCUCUCCAGCUAUGCCAGGUCAUCCUCACAUCCAGUAUGUCCCAGCACUUGCAGGCAGCAGGACAGGUGCUGCAGUUUCUCGUUUCACAUUCUGAUACCAUCCAAGCAAUUCUGCGCUGUCAGGAUGUUAGUGCUGGCUCUUUGCAGGAAUUAGCUCUGCUGACAGGAAUAAUAAGUAAAGCAGCGCUUCCUGGUAUGUUAAAUGAACUUGAUGUAGAUGUAAAUGAAGGAUCCUUAAUGGAGCUCCAAGGACACAUUACAAGGUUUCAGCGCCAGUGUUUAGGCCUACUAAGUCGCUUUGGAGGCUCUGACAGACUGCGGCAGUUUAAAUUUCAAGAUGAUAAUGAGGGAGAUAGGGUGAGCAAGAAAGAUGAAAUUGAGCUGGCCAUGCAGCAGAUUUGUGCCAAUGUAAUGGAAUAUUGCCAGUCAUUCAUGCAGCAGAACUCCUCUAACCUCCAGAAUGCUGUGUGUCUCUUCACCCCUAGCCUUUCAGAGACAGUUAACAGAGAUGGAACACGACAAGAUACCCAGGUUCCAGUUGUUCCGUAUUGGCGCCUACCUGGCUUGGGCAUUAUUAUCUACCUGCUGAAGCAGAGUGCCAGUGAUUUCUUUAGCUAUUAUGACAGUCACCGUCGCAGUGUCAAUAAGCUGCAGAAUGUAGAACAGCUUCCCCCAGAUGAGAUAAAAGAGUUGUGCCAGUCUGUGAUGCCUGCUGGCAUUGAUAAAAUCUCUACUGCGCAGAAGUGUGUCUUAGCAAGACGUCGUCUGGUGAAGCUGAUCAACAACCAUGCCAAACUGCUGUCCCUCUGUUCCUAUAUCAUCGAGACCUGCCUGUUCAUUCUUUGGCGCCAUCUGGAGUAUUACUUGUUACAUUGCACUCCAAUGGAUUCCCAAGAUUCAUUGUUUGCCUCUAGAACUUUAUUUAAAAGCAGAAGACUACAAGAACCAAAUCUGGACUUCAGAAAUGGACUGGCUCAAGUGAACCAACACGAUAUAGACCAGCUUCAGUCUGAUGCCGUCAACGCUUUCGGAGAGUCGCUGCAAAAGAAACUUCUGGACAUCGAAGGGUUAUACUCCAAAGUUCGGUCCCGCUCUAGUUUUAUACAGGCUCUCAUCAGACGGAUUCGUGGCCUGCUGAGGAUAUCAAGGAACUGAGAGCUGUGUUUUCUCUUCUGUGGAAGAGACGAACUGAGGAGAACCUUCUCUUUUUUAUAGAUAACUUUAUUUCUAAAUUAUGACCAAAAGAUAUUUUGCUAUUUCUUUCUUUAUAUAUGAACAUCUUUUCUGUAAACCUCUGCCUCAUUUCACCCUCACUUGUGAACAAUAAAAUACUUUUUAAAAAUAA